AUGCAUAACGUUUUGUGCUUCUUACUCUUAAUUACUGUCACUAUUUUGGGCGUUUGGACUUCUCCAGCUUCGACUCGAGCCCUCAUUGAUAAUCAUACUCAAACCAUUUCAGAAAGGCAUGAAGCAUGGAUGUCUGAACAUGGCAAAGUUUAUGUCGAUGAAGCGGAGAAGGCUAAACGCUUCCGGAUUUUCAAAGAAAACGUGGAACGGAUCGAGGUGUUUAAUUUUCAUAGUGAACACAAUACUUAUAAGCUAGCUGUGAAUCAAUUUGCGGACUUAACUGCCGAUGAAUUUCGUGCCAUACGAAAUGGUUAUAAGGAACCCAAUCCGUUGUCUACCUCAAAUGAAGCUACAUCUUUUAAGUAUACAAAUGUUAGUGCAAUUCCACCAAGUAUUGAUUGGAGAACCAAAGGCGCUGUUACUCCCAUCAAGGAACAAGGACCUUGUGGUAAUUAA